CUCGGUAAAGGUAAACCUUAACAGUGGUGGGUUGGUGGCACUGUCAGGCCCGGCUGAGAUCUCUCUCCUGGAGGCUGGUCCUGCGUAAAUGUUGCCACACUAUAAGAAAUUAGGUUGGCAACAUUCAAGGAAUACUAAGAAUUACAAGAUCUGUAGAAAACAGAACAAAACAUAGCUAGUCAUGGAAUACUAAGUCAACUUCAAUGUACAGUAUCAGUGUGGUGAUGGCUAGUUAAGGCAUCACCGAGCUGGAGCAGAGGUGACCUACUGAAUCAGCAGCUGUCUCAUACUGUCUCCAACAUGUUGUCUAACUCCCGCAAAAAGGAUACAACGGCAAGCUGUGACAGCUUAGCAGGAAAAUAUAUCAAGAAAAAAUCUCCUCCUGAGGUGCCCAUCAUUAAUGUCUGGCCUAAUGCAAGUCAAAAUGAUAUGAGAAAGAGAAAAAGUACCAUCACUCCACCAUAUGUUAGUAGCAGCAACCCCCCUUCUCAUCAGGCUUCACCGAUGGUUCAAAAAUACUCAACUGGAUCAAGGACGCCAAUGAAUGGCAUGUCUCAUGGAGGCACAAAAGGAAAAUACACACCUAAUGUCGGAGAAGUUGUUCAGCGCCUGGGUGGCUUGUAUUUAGGGAGCCGAGGCAGUUUAGAUGGAAUGCUGAAGCAGCAGGCACCCUCUUCCCCAGCUAUGUUUAAUCAUACUUAUAUUAACCGCUAUACUGGGUCACAGCACAGUCUGGAUCAAAUAUUAUAUGGUCCAAGUCAUAUUAGAACUCCUCUAGAUCAAACAGCACAGGGUGUAAGUUACUCCUUCUUAGUGCAGUCAGGACAAAAACAGUUAUCACAGUCUAAUACUCACCUAGGAAGUGGCUCACCACAGCCUCCCUCUCCAAGAUUAGAGCAAGAGCUUCCACUUCCUCCAGGAUGGUCUGUUGAUUUUACAUUAAGAGGUCGUAAAUAUUAUAUAGAUCAUAACACUAAGACAACACACUGGUCACAUCCUUUGGAGAAAGAAGGGUUGCCAGCUGGCUGGGAGAGAAUUGAGUCUCUCGAGCACGGAGUCUACUAUGUUAACCAUAUCACCCGGCAAGCUCAAUAUGAACACCCUUGUGCACAGCAGUAUCUUCCAAGAAUUCCUGAGAAUACUGUUUUAGGACCUCAUAGGGCGUUACCAAUUCCACAUCAUACUGAUUUUCGCCAACCUCUAUCACUGAUGCCAGCCUCACCCUACUUACAUGAAGAAAUACCAUAUUGGCUGCGUGUGUAUUCUCAAGCAUCUCCAGAUCACGACCAUAAGUUAAGAUGGGAACUUUUCCGAUUACCUGAGCUUGAUUGCUAUCAGGCUAUGCUUAAUAGACUUUUUAAACAUGAACUUCACGGCAUUGUUAUGAGCUAUGAGAUGUAUCGUAUUGCUCUCACACGGGAAAUUGAGCGAAGGAUGCAACAGAUGAACAUGCAGACAAGACCAGGAAAUAGUAGUGGAGUAACUAUUACAGAAAUAAAUGAUGAAGAUCCACACAGUGAAAAUGUAUCAACACCAGAACAUUUCAAGCAACAGAUAUUAAAUGCUGACAACUUAUUUGAAUCCAAAGUGUAAUAUUUGCCAACACAUGUAUUAAGUGCACCUAGUGGGUCUAGAGUGACUGACUUCCUGAAUAUUUUGAAGACUGUAUGGCUUUUUUUGGGGGCAGCUUUUCAGUGGGGAAACUAUUAGUGUUAUGUAGAACUCUUUUUAUAGUCUUGCCUGUGAUUUUUAGAUUCUAAUCUGAUGUUUGGCUGUGCAUAGUGAAGUAUUAGUUUCUGGUGUUGCACCCGUUUCUGUUUCUGUUACCAAAGAUAAAGAGGAAAACCUUGGUGGGGUAUUUUGCUUUUAAAUGCUUCUUGUGGUAUUGCUCAUGUGACCUGUCCAAGCUGCACCGUGUGAUGUUUGGGGAGGAGAGUAUAUCGGCUGUAAAGUGUGACAGCAUCCAAAUACCAGUACCAAUAUAGAUCAGUAGUUAUCCUACCUUCUUGAACUGUUUUCAAACUUCCUCGGACACAUUCAAGAUAAUUCAAGAACUUAGCAAAGAGCAAAGCCAGAAUUGAUAACCAAUUAUGGGGUUUGAUGGAUUUGCUGAAUCAUCAACUGUCUUGGCUUCAUUUAAGAAAAUUACACAAAACUGGGAGAAACACUGUAGCACACUGCACUCUCUAGCAGACCAGAUCAUGGGAAUGGAAAGAUGUGAAAAGGAUAAUAUAAACGUGCAAAAGGAAACAUUCUUAGCAGUCCAGAUUACCAUCCAGUCCAAGAUAAUGGAGGAACUUCAUAACCUCUCAGAAGAUAUAGAGGACAUGAAGGUUCAGCACCUAACCAUGACCUCCCUCCUCAACAAAGUAAUAGCUCGAUGUCAGCAGCGUCUGGACCAGAACAAUAAGAAUGCACCAGAAUUCCUACAGCUACAGACAGUUAACUCCAUCAAUAACCAUAUGGCUAUUUUAAUUGCCAUGAAAAAAAUUCCCCUACAGAAUGCAAAUUCAGAUGAUUUUCAAUCCCUGCAAUCAUUUAAGCAGAUAAAUUUUUCAACUAAACCUAUUGAAUAUGAGCUGGAGAAAAUAUCCAACUUUUGUGAUAGAUAAUAAUGAAUAUCCAUAACAUGCAACUCGGUGCAGGAUUGUGUACAAAGAAAUUACAAAGUAUUGUCCUUGCAGGCAAUCUUUACCCCCUACAGGGUUGCACAUCUAACACAAGUAGUCAAAUUCUUUGCCGAAAUACAGUAAUUGGUUUGCUGGCUUUGCUCUUACAUAAAAGAAAUAUGAACAUAUAUAAAGAAUGAAGGAUUACUUCAUCAUUGUCAAGUACACACAAGGAGAUAAGUAGAAAUAUUGAAGUAUAAAAAUUUUAAAGUAAGGAGAAGCAAUGAUGAUAAACGUGAUAAUUGCAAAUCUUUUAGAUUAUAUACUGUAUAUUGUAUUAUAAGAAUACAAGGCAGGCCAUCAAGAGUUGGUGCACUGUGAAUAUGGCUAAAGAAGUGAACAAUGGAAUGGGGGUGGGUUUAAUUUCUGUGCUUCUUCCACUUCAGUGCUGGUAUAUGUACAGUAGCUUAAAAAAAGUAUCUUAACAGGGUGAGUCCGAUGACUUCCGAUAUUAGAUGUACAACUCACGAUGUCUCGGGAGGGUUGGUUUGCAUGUCUUCGUCCACUGCCAUUCAGUAUCCAACACGGGGUGAGUUGGCAUAUAGGAAUAUAAUAAACAGUUAAGUGAUUACUAUCACAUAGUUUGAGAUGACAUAAAGCCUAUCCCAAUACCUAUCGUCCAUGGUCUCGUAUUGUUUCACGCAAUAUUGACAGAUAUUUUUUUAGCUACUGUACAGUACUGCAUAUCUUACAUUUUCCCAAAGGAAAAACCUCCUCCAUUCAGAAUGUGAUUACUGUACUCAUAAAUAAAUUAUGAUUAUCACAUACUGUGUGCAGUAAUAUUUAUUGUAUAUUUGGAUUAAUUUUUAUUGAAUUGGCAUUAAUCUGUAAUUAAUAAGUUAUGGUCACAUAUUUUACCUUGAAAUUUAUAUUGGGAAAAAAUCUUAUCAAUUAACCCAAUACAAUAUUGGUAAAAAAAAAAUUUGGGGCCUUUGCAUUUUGUUUAUCUACCAGGUUUGUCAGAUGCUCAAUAACAGAGAAAUAUAUAUUAUCAUGAUUAACCUUUGUGGUAUUGGUUCAAAAGGAAAGAAUAAACAUAAUAGCAAUCUAGGUGCAUAUGAAUAUCUCAUAGUGAAGAUUAUACUGUAAUGAGGGUAUGAAGGUUAAGAAAAGCCUCAAGAGAAGUGGUAGUCAAGGGAGAUUGAAGAACAUUGAACAGGUGGAUCCAUGGAGGUGGGUCCUGGGAAUCCGAACCCCUCUUUUCCUCGGAAAAUUCCAAUACUUUUUCUAUAAUGCAGUAUUGUGCUUAGAUGUUUUUGUAUAGCAAAAAGUAAUUAGUAUUGACUUCAGAAUAUCUCCUAAUAUCAAAUGCACAUGGCUUCAAAUUGCCCAUGAUACUAGUUGGAUUUAAAAAAAAAAAUCUUUGGGGAGGGGGGGCAUACACCCCCCCCCACACACACACACACACACACACACACACACAAAAAACUCGACUGAGUGGGCUCGCAGAGCUCGCCAUGUUACCUCCCCCAUAACUUCUUGGACCCCCCCAUUUUGAUAUUCCUGGAUCUGCCCUUGUUGAAGGACAUUAAUAUUCUAACUUUGUAAGUGUUUAUAAUGUAAUUUCUCAUGUGAUAAAUGUAAAUUCAUAAGAAUAGACUUAUCCCACUUUAGGUUUGGGAAUGAAAAGGUGAUGUAGAGAGACAAAGUGAGAAAUUUCAUGAAAGAGAGAAAACGAGUGUGAACGUGUGUGUGUAUACAGUAUAGAAAGAUAAGGUGGCCUGUGAGUGUGUGUGAAUAAUAGUGUGCUUGAGUUAGGAAGACAGAGAUGAGUGUUAGUGCAGGAUGCUCAUACAUGUACUGUAAUGGUGUGUAAUUCUCCAAGGAGUAUGGUGAAGAUUUCAUAAUACAGCAUAAAGUGGUAGUUCCCAAUUUACAAAGAUCCGGUUUAUUAAAAUCCAAAGUUGCUACGGAAAUUUUUUUUCCAAGGUUUGAUUUUCAAACAAAAAUAUUCUUUUUUUUUCCACAGUAUCAGAAGAUGGUAAAGUGCUGCCAUAGGUAUAUCAGUGCUUUCCACAUCAGACCUGUUCAGUUUAUAGACACACAGCUUUACGUGAAAAUAAAAAAAUGUCGAGAAAAUUGAGGAGAUACUGAAAUCCUUGAUGUCUGAUACAAGAUUUGGAUGGCUAGGAGAAAACUUCUGAAUGAUGGUAAAACUGAGAUUAUCGUCAUCCAAGGAAAUAAGAAGGGAGACAGCACAGAUGAUUUUGGCUCUUUUAUACUUUGUCGAAGUACAAAUAAGUUCUAUUGAUUCUGUUUGUAAUCUUGGAGUGUACUUUGACUCAUAACUGAAUUUUUAGAGCACAUAAAUUCAAUCAUUGAAGAGUUGCAACUUUCAUAUUCAAAAUCUAUAUGCUGUUAAAACAGUUUUUCGAAAUACAGUAUCUUUUGACACUAUUAUAUUCACUAUUUUGUCUCCGGUUGACAAUUGUAACUAUGGGUCUGCCUACCUAAUUAUCUACUGAAGAAAGUUCAAGCAGUGUUCAACAGGGUUACCAAGCAUAUUUUUGCUUUCCCACCAAGGGCUACCGCCUCCCCAUUCGUGAUAGAAUUACAUUGGUUUCCAAGUAAAGCUAGGAUAGUUCAAAAAGUCUGUCUAAUGACUUUGAAGACACUAAUGUUUGGCCAACCUACUAAUUCCACUGACUAAACAUUUUGAAAUGAUUUUGCAUAGUAUUGAUGUUCUUUUGUACCUCGAGGAGCUUUGAGCAGUAUGUGAAUGUUCUUUUGCUGCCCAAUCAGUUGCCUGCAUCCAAGAAGCAGCUGACUUCUGUGGAGGCCUUUAUGAAACAAUUUAAGACCUUUCUUUUUGAGAGAGAGAGCUUAUAAUCCUGAUCAGGAUAUAUGGUGUUGGAGAAUUACAGGGCUUAAGAAGUGUUACAAAUUAUCUGUAUAUGAAUGAUAGAAGUUGAACUGUCACGUUUUGUGAUCUUUUAUUGUAGUACAGUAGUAGUUUUUGGGCACUAGUGAAUUUUUAGAAGAAUGGCACUUUUUAGAAACAAAAGACCAGCUAUUAUUAUUUAUUAUUACCAACCUUAAGUACCGUACUGUAUUUAAGAGUGGUUAACUAAGUUAACAAUAUAAUACAUGUAGUGUUUCAGUUAUCAUGGCUCACAGGAUUGCUAUGUGAAGUAGUGGCAAGGCACUUAAGGUACUUCCACUGGAAAUGCUGUGUAUAGUAUCCCAGAGUUUGAUUUGAUGUCACUGGAGAGAAUAAAAUGUUAAAUGAAUAAGUUUAGCAUUUCUUCUUUAGAGUAAGCCUCAUCAAAAAUUAAAUCCAGUGAAAACAAAAUAUUCCAAAAUCUAUAUGCAGUAUACACAGUACAGUGUUCGUAAAGGUAUCCCCCGAUUUAUGAUGGGGUUACGUUCCUGAAAAACUCAUCACAAAUUGAAUUAUCAUUUAUCCUUGAAUUUAAUUAUCAUUAAUCUGAUUCAGUGGGAUACGUUCCCAGCCAGUUCAACACCCAUAUUUAUCACUGAAAAAAAUUCCUACGCUAAUAAAAUGACUAAGACAAUUAAACAACACUCGCUACAUCAUUAAAAAUUUAGCCUGGUUGUCAUCACAUGUUCCCUUUGAGGUUAAGGGGAUCUUGAAUGUUUAGUGGAGAUGUCAUUCUGACUCCCACAGCUUCUGGGGAGUUUGGAGAGAGUGGGAGUCAGAGUCCUAGGAGGGUCUUUUACUUGGGGACAAGGUGUAGGCUUUGGCCUGACCUCAAAGAAGGAAGAGUCUCAGCAACACACCUGCUAGUCAUUUUCCAAGUUACAGUGCUCACUUCACUGUCACAAAAAUAGAGCAAAAGCAGUUGUCACAAUCACAAAAACUAAAUACUGUAACCAAAAGUACCCGGUACAGGUUGGAUCUCGUUAAUCCGGGAAGCUUGGGAUCUCACCGGUUCCGGAUUAGUGAAAAUUCUGAAUCCUCGAAACCGAGGUUAAAAAAGGCAAAAUAAUGCAUAAAAUGUACUAUUACUGUUUAAUUUCUUCAGUAUAGGCACCUAUUCUAAAAUAGUUAAUGCCACAUUACAACCAUUUCCACUGCUUGCUGGUCUCUUAGAAGGCAUAUUUAGGGGGUAAAUUAUAAGUAUUUAAAGGGAAAAUAGUGGCAACAGCCACUAGAAGUGAACUAUGACACCUUCCCGAACCAUCGAAGCUGCCGGACUAUCAGGUCCCGGAUUAGCGGGGUCCAGCCUGUACUGUUGUUUUUUUUUUUUUUUUUUGUCUAUAAAAUGGUGAUAUUUAUUCAUGUGUGAUUCAUGUUAAGAAAAAUCUGGCCAGUGAUGUUAAAGUCAGCUGCCCUCUGUUAAGUAGACUUGAUCCCUUUACACGACGAAAGUGAGUGGGAGUUAUAUGCAUUGCACACCCCCAACAUGGCUCAAUAUUAUUGCACAAAAAUCUGUCUGACACCCAUAAUCAUAGAGGCAAAAUGGUAGAUACAGGUAUGGCAGGUAUGUACAGCCAUUGUCAAUACAAUUAUCUUUUUGUGUUCAGAAAAAAAAACGAAAAUGCAUUGGUGGAUGAAACAAUGG